AUGCUGGUGUACCAAAACGCUCGCCUUCACCGCAGGACCGCUCCCGCUGCCCUGGAGGGGGCGGGGGCCGGCCCCGCCACGACGCGCCGGGCGCAGGUCGAGCCUGCGGCCUCUUUCCCGCCCCAGGAUGCGGCGCCGACCCGGGCUCGCGUGCUCUCGGGGCCGCGGGGGAGCUGGGCGACCCUGGCGGGGGCUCGGCAGCCGCGCAGCUGGCGCGCCCCCGUGGCGGUGUCUCCUCAGCCGGCAGCGAGAGGGAGGGAGCGCGCGGUCGGUUCGGGCGGUCGCGCCGGGCACCGAGCGUCUCGGCGAGAGCGGCGCAGCCAGUCGCCCCGCAGCCCGCACGAUCCGGGGAGCCAGGCCGCCUCAGCGGGGUCCCGCCCAGCACCAGCGCCCACAGGAGUAGUCCGGGACAAGGCCCCGCCGCGGCCUAAGCGCAGCCUGGGCGUCCGGUUUCCUGCUGGCGGCCGGGCCUCGCGAUGGGGGCCGCGGCAGCCUGGCCCGAGGGAGCGAGGCGCGGCGGGCCCGUCUCCUCCCCGGCCGGGCCUGCGGAUCCCGAGGGAAGGAGGAAGGAAGCGGCCCCGCGCGGGCGGCGGCCGCCUCCGAGCCCUUCUGCCGGGCUAUUGUGUGCCAGGCUGA